AUGGCAGCAAUGAUGACCUUUGACUUUCAAACCUUCUUCAUCUUUUCUCUCUUCUGUCUCUUCUCAGUCCUCUGUUACUCUCUCUUCUUCAAGAAACCAAAGUUUGGCUGUGAUGAUCUGCCUCCGAGCCCUCCUUCUCUUCCAGUCAUCGGCCAUCUUCACCUUAUCCUCUCUUCUCUAGCCCACAAGUCGUUUCAGAAACUCUCAUCCAAGUACGGAGAUUUCCUCCAUCUUCGCAUCUUCAACGUCCGCAUUGUCCUCGUCUCCUCUGCCUCAGUGGCCCACGAGAUCUUUAAGGUGCAAGACGUUAACGUCUCGUCUCGCGGCCACGUUGCAGUCGACGAGUCUCUCUUACUCGGGUCCUACAGCUUCCUCAUGGCUCCUUAUGGAGAUUACUGGAAGUUCAUGAAAAAACUCACGGUCACAAAGCUGCUUGGACCUCAAGCACUCGAGAGGUCACGAGGCGUCCGUGCAAACGAGCUAGAGAAGCUUUACGCAAACCUACUAGAUAAAGCGAUGAAUAAGGAGAGCGUUGAUAUUGGUGCGGAAGUGAUGAAGCUCACUCACAAUAGCAUCUGCAAGAUGAUGUUCGGGAAGAGUAUUUCAGAAGAGAACGGUGAAGCUGAUAAGAUGAGGAGCUUAAUAACCGAGGGUUUUGGCAUGACGACGAAAGCUUUCUUGUCGGCCGUCUUACGCAGGCCGCUUGAGAAAUUCGGGAUCUCUCUUUUCAAAAAGGAGAUAAUGAGUGUUUCCAACAGAUGCGAGGAGCUAAUGGAGAGAGUUCUCGUGGAGCGAGAAACGAAGCUAGAGGAACAUCAUCAAGGUGGUGACAUUAUAAAUAUGCUUUUGACAGCUUAUAGAGACAAAAACGCAGAGUAUAAUAUCAACAGGAACCAUAUCAAGUCAGUGACCAUGGAUCUUAUUGGUGGUGGCACUGAUACAUUGGUGCAUGCAAUACAAUGGAUCAUGGCCGAGCUGAUUAACAACCCUAAGGUUCUUGAGAGGUUAAGAGAAGAAAUCGAUUAUGUGGUAGGGAACACAAGGUUGAUUCAAGAAGCGGAUAUACCAAACCUUCCAUAUCUGCAAGCGGUCGUCAAGGAAGGACUGAGAUUGCACCCGUCAUUUCCUGUAGUGUUCAGGCUGUUCCGAAGAGGGUGUAAGGUUAGAGGGUUCAACAUACCGAAGAGCACACUACUUGUUUUAAACACUUAUGUUGUGAUGAGAGAUCCCAAUGUCUGGGAAGACCCUGAGGAGUUUAACCCAGAAAGGUUUCUAGGAGGCUCUUCGAGAUCAGGACAAGUAGAGGACGAGGUAAGAGAGCUUAAGUACCUUCCUUUUGGUGGUGGAAGGAGAGCAUGUCCUGGAUCAAAUCUAGCUUAUAUCGUACUAGGAACCGCGAUUGGAAUGAUGGUGCAGUGCUUUGAUUGGAGGAUCGAUGGAGAUAAGGUUAACAUGGAAGAAGCUCGUGGAGCAUUGACGUUGAGCAUGGCUCAUCCUCUUAAGUGCACUCCUAUUCCUCGAAACCCUGAACCCGUUUUAAGUUUUAAUCUGAUUGUCCGCGAGGAACAGCGCUUAACGUCAGCUCGAGUACGCGAGCAACAGCAAGAGACGUUGGGUUUCACCACUCGACGUGAGGAGUUGCCUGUCUCUGUUCGUCCAAGUCAAACUGAUUCUCGCUCUGAGUCGUCGUCCUCGUCUAUCCGGCGUGAUCGGAACACCUUGUGCAGUCAUUGUGGGCGUUCAGGGCAUGAGAAGAAAGAGUGCUGGCAGUUGAUCGGUUUUCCCGAGUGGUGGACCGUGGACGGACAGGAACAAAAAUCCGAGUGGUGGACGUGGAAGAGGUGGAGGUCGUGGUGGCUUCAACCCUGUUCGUGGUCGUGGGCAAGCCAGUGCAGCUCAUGCCUCAAGUUCCAAUGCAUGUUGACAGAAGUAUUUUAUUUUGUCAUUUGGAUGAUGAACACGUUUUCUCAUUAG